GGUGGCGGCUGGCCCAGCCGGGCCCCCGCUGCCCUCUGCCCUGGGCCCUCGGUUGGAGGCGGCCGGGCGCGGCGGGACCGGGCGAGCGCGGAGGCCGGGGGGCUCGGAGGCGAAGAUGGCGUCAGGCAGGCGUGCCCCGCGCACCGGGCUGCUGGAGCUGCGCGCCGGGGCGGGCUCGGGGGCCGGCGGCGAGCAGUGGCAGCGGGUGCUGCUCAGUCUGACCGAGGACGCCCUGACCGUGAGCCUCGCCGACGGCGAGCCCGGCCCCGAGCCCGGCGUUCCACGGGAGCCGGAGCCCGCGCAGCUCAACGGCGCCACCGAGCCGGGCGCAGCGCCCCCGCAGCUGCCCGAAGCGCUGCUGCUCCAGCGGCGCCGCGUGACGGUGCGCAAGGCCGACGCCGGCGGGCUGGGCAUCAGCAUCAAAGGAGGCCGGGAGAACAAGAUGCCCAUUCUCAUUUCCAAGAUCUUUAAGGGACUGGCCGCAGACCAGACGGAGGCCCUCUUUGUGGGGGAUGCUAUCCUGUCGGUGAAUGGUGAAGACUUGUCCUCUGCCACCCAUGAUGAGGCGGUGCAGGCCCUCAAGAAGACCGGCAAGGAGGUGGUGCUGGAGGUCAAAUACAUGAAGGAGGUCUCACCAUAUUUCAAGAACUCUGCCAGCGGGACCUCGGUUGGCUGGGACUCACCCCCGUCCUCACCCCUUCAGCGGCAGCCUUCCUCCCCUGGUCCCCAACCCCGGAACCUCAGUGAGGUCAAACACGUGUCCUUGAAGAUGGCAUAUGUUUCAAGAAGGUGCACCCCUACUGACCCCGAGCCCAGGUAUCUGGAGAUCUGUGCAGCAGAUGGCCAGGAGACGUUCUUCUUGAGGGCCAAGGAUGAGGCUGGUGCAAGGUCAUGGGCUGGUGCCAUCCAAGCUCAGAUCAACGCGCUGAUGCCCUGGGUCAAGGAAGAGCUGCAGGCACUGCUGGCAGCCACGGGCACAGCUGGGAACCAGGACAUCAAGCAGAUUGGCUGGCUGACGGAACAGCUGCCCAGUGGGGGCACGGCCCCCACCCUGGCCCUGCUGACUGAAAAGGAACUGCUCCUCUAUUCUAGUCUCCCUCAGACCCGUGAGGCCCUGAGCCGACCAGCCCGGACCGCCCCGCUCAUUGCCACCAGGCUGGUGCACUCAGGCCCCUCCAAGGGCUCGGUGCCCUACGACGCAGAGCUGUCCUUUGCCCUGCGCACGGGCACACGCCACGGUGUGGAUACUCACUUGUUCAGCGUGGAGUCACCUCAGGAGCUGGCUGCCUGGACCCGACAGCUGGUGGAUGGCUGUCACCGGGCUGCUGAGGGUGUGCAAGAGGUGUCCACAGCCUGCACGUGGCAUGGCCGUCCCUGCAGCCUCUCCGUGCACAUCGACAAGGGCUUCACGCUGUGGGCUGCUGAACCGGGAGCAGCCCGGGCCGUGUUGCUCCGACAGCCUUUUGAGAAGCUGCAGAUGUCCUCGGAUGAUGGCGCCAGUCUCCUUUUCCUGGACUUUGGAGGCGCUGAAGGCGAGAUCCAGCUGGACCUGCACUCCUGUCCCAAAACCAUGGUCUUCAUCAUCCACUCCUUCCUCUCAGCCAAAGUCACCCGCCUGGGGCUCUUGGCCUAGAAGUCACCAGAUGGGCUAGCCCUGAAGAGGGGGUGUCUGCCACGUGACCCGGCCCUCUGCUGACUGCCUGCUCACUGCUGGGCUGAGGGAGAGGAGAGGAGAACAGGGCCUGAGAGACCCAGCCUGUGAGGGAGGCUGGAUUGGUCUUGGGGGCCAGGACCCAGACCCAGGACCCAGUGGACCUUGCCUGUGAUGGGGUGGCCUUCCUGCUGCCCUCCUCCACCAGUGCCUUUUGCAGAGAGAUAUUUUGUGUACACAGAAGCCAUUCCGAGCCUGGGACCUGCCGACCCCAGCUAACAACUGAGCUGCCGGGCCUCCUGAGGCCCCUAUGCCACCCCAGAGGCCCCAUCUGAGGGUGGAGUUCCCUGGUUAGCAGCAGGAGAAAGAAGAGGAGCCUUUCUGUUCACUUUCCCUUACGCCCACCACCUGAGGGCCCCUGGUUUUCCCUCCACCCCGCCCCCCUACUUCCUCUCUCUCUCCUCCUUCUGCUUGGAUAAUAAACAGCCUGUGAGCACA